UUGAGAUAUAAGGUGACAGGGUCAUCAGUGAGGGAGACGGCGAUCCAGCGAGUCCAUCUGGCCAUCAUGUUUCCUCGUUCUGUGUUCCUCCUGUUGUGCCAUGCAUGGCUCGGUUUUUCUUUGACUCUCAAGAAUCACUCAUUCCAUGGGGUUGCAGUUGUGCUUCAUUCGCAAGAUGAUCCCGAAUUUUGGAUAGAAGGUCUGAAGGAAGGGUUCAUGAACGCCUCCCAAGUCAUCUUCAGUGCCUCAAGCCAUAAGACAUUCUUCGAGGAAAUUGACGUCUUCGCCGACCCUUCCCUGAAUGACCUUCGGGGAUCACGGGAGCGAGUCCCUUUCCCUCGAGACGUUCAGAUCUUCUUCACGAAGUUGAACGGGGAUGGAGAUCGAGAUGGAUUGAAUGCUGAGGCGGAUCCCGACCCUUUCACGCCCCAAGCGGGGCAGCAUUGCGCCCAGACCAAUCGUCUCCCGAUCGUCUAUCCUACCACUUCGACUAAGAUUGUUCCAAAACGCUUCGCGAAAGAGUGGCUCAAGUAUCGGUACGGGGUGUUCGACGAGCAUGGCUACUACAAUGAUACUGAUUAUCCCUUGACCUUCUGUCCAGCAGAGGAAGUGAAUGGCCUACCCGGCAAAUACCAGCCGUUGGCCUGCACGGGGAAUCCCUCCUUGGAGGGAAAUUAUGUCAUUCCUGAAAUCAAUUACAACUUCUUUCAACCGGUUGUUCCCACAAAAUUCCUUCUCCUCGUCGAUGCCUCUGCCAGCAUGAACGGCUCCAAAUUGGAGAGGAUGAAGCAGGGAGUGAAAAAGUGGCUGGGGGAGCUGCACUCUGGCAGCGAAGUCGGCGUCAUCUCCUUCAAUUACGGGGCGAAUGAGGUCUUCGAUCUCAGGAAAGUUUCGGAUUUCGCAGCGAAGGACGCCCUGUUGGAGUCCUUUCCGAUCGUUGGGAGAGGGCCUUCAUGCUUUGGGUGUGCCAUUUCCUUAGCUCUAGAGGCAUUGACGGACGCAGUAGAUGGGCCUUGGGAUGGCACAUUGGUGGCCUUAACCGAUGGGCACGAGAACGAACACCCUUUUGCGCAGUCUCUGGAAAGCGAUCUCGUAAGAGCUAAUGUUUCCUUGCAUAUUAUCAGCUUGGAUGUCUCCCCGCCGGUUGACCUCGUAGAUCUCGUCUCCAGGCUUCGGGGUCAGGUCAUCAUAGUGCCGCAGAAUGGCGAAGAAGUCGAGGACGUGGAGGACAGACUCGCCGCAGCUCUCCUAGAAACCCUGCAACUGCCGUGGCUUUGGCCUGAUCCUGCGGUGAAGAUUUGGGAGAAGCGGCUUCUGCUGGGGAACGGCGAGAAAACAUCUUGGAGUGUUUCCGUGCCCGUGGAACCUCAUCCGCUCUAUGAGGCGUGGCUGAGCAUUCGUUGGUCGCAGUCCGUCCUGGUGAAGUCUUGCAACGCAGACGAGGGGAAGGCCUGCGACACGGACCACACUCGUCGCCUUUCCAGGAUCUUCAUUGCUCGAGAUGGAGUCGAAGCGGGAGGUCAGGUAAAGGUGAACCUGGUACUGGAGUCAGUGGGGGGAGAAGGAGCAAUCAGUGUAGCCCAUAUCGUCCAAAGAAAUUCAAGGAACUCUGAUAGAGUUCAAGUGAUAGCCUGGUUUCAAGGUCGAGGCGGAUGGUUUGAACACGAAGGUGCACCGAACACUGCAAUUCACGCAAUAGUAAUUGGAGACGACUGGACAGACAAUGCCCCGUCGGGGAUCCAGGCCAGUGCUACUGUCUAUCUUCCUGGCAGAACACCAAUCUCAUUCCCUUUGAAGGACAAUGGAAUAGAUCCAGACUUGGAUGCUGGCGACGGAAUCUUUAGCAGGGAUUGGCCCCAAUUUGGAGACACUGGCCGCCAUUACGCUUGGUUGAGGGUAGAAUGGGAAGGGUCGAAUCGGCCUUUCCACAAGUUCCUUGGAUCCUUUUGGUCUGAUGGGGACGUCAACAUGAAAUUUGACCAAAUUCCACCCAACCGCAUAACAGACUUGAAGGCUCGAAAGUUGAAUGACGGAAUUCUACUGAAUUUCACUGCUGCAGGGAAUAAUGGGACUCAUGGGGGCAACGCUGCCUCUUACAUAAUCAAGUUUUCGAACGAUUUGAUGGAUCUCACAUCGACAAAAUUCCAAAACGAGUCACUGGAGACACUUGAAUUCGACUCCACGGCGACGACAGAAGGGGGCCAAGAGACUUAUGAGCUCGACAAAUCCAUCUUAAAUGACACGACCGGAUACAAAUAUGCUGCCAUUCAGGCUGUCGACCCAUCAUUGGGAGAGCAAAUUAAUCCUUCGAAUAUCGUCUAUCUUCGAUUUCCUACUUGUGAGCUUCCCAAACACGUGGAAUCAAUCAACUUGGCGGAUAAAGAUGCCCCAAUUGAAGAUCGGAAAGGUGUACUCGACAACCCGUGUCCUGCAACCUACAACGCAAGCUAUUGCCAAAAGCCCUAUUAUGAUGGAGUGAAAGGAAAAUGCUUCUUCUUCUGCGAAGAUUCGGUCCCUGGCGACCCCAACACUCCUGCUGAUGAACCAACUCCAUGGCGUGAUGACAUGUACCUGCUGUGCACUGAAAAUCAGACGAAUAUGACGGGGUAUGCAGUGGGUCACAUCCAAUCGAUGGAGCAGUACGAUGGACUCGCCGAGUUUCUCACCAAGGAACUGAAUAUCAGCGGUGACAUCUUCAUGUCAUCUAGGUUUUCUGUGAGGUACCACACGGAAGACCACAAUAGCUACACAGGCAUGAACAUCUCCUGGCUCGAUUGGGAAACGACAUUAAACGAUUCAUUGUUCGAAGCAUUUUUCCCGCCAGUGGAAGAUCUGACGUCUUUCGACGGACUUCCUUUUAUUUUUCUCGCCCUCACAAACCCCAACGAUGGCUAUGACAAGUGGAAAAUGAAACAGGUGGGUGUGGACGAUGCCAUUUCCUGGCUCCUCUGUGAGAACAACUGCAGGACGCCUGGGAACACUUGGGGUCGGAAGGCAGGACGCCUGGGAACACUUGGGGUGGGAAGGCAGGACACCUGGGAACACAUGGCGGCAAAGGGGGACGCCUCGCUCAGAUAG